UCGUGUUGAAUUGAAUCUGUUUUCGCGAUUCGUGAACCCGUUUUUAUCGUUUUGUUUGUGUCGAGCUUUGUGAACCCAUCAGCAAGAUGGGGAAAAAAGUUUCCGGCGAGAUGCUGGAGCGUUUACAGGCGAUAAACGAUGAGCUAGAAUUCUAUAUGGCCCUGUUUCGACUGCCGGAAUCUAACCCAGAUGCCGAAGACUGCUCGGAAUACCUGCUGGACGACAAUGCGGACGAGCCCGUCAGGCCCCCCACCUACGGAUCCAACAAACCGGCCGACACCGCCGAAGAGCUGGAAGCCCGUGUAGAAGUGAUGAAGAACAAAAUUAUGUCCAAACACUUGGCUCGCCAAAACAAACACCCGACAGACUCGAGCAAAUCGGAACGGAAGAAACUAAAGAAGGAACAGAUGAUGAAGAAAAAGAUGAUGAGGAUUAGUUUGAUAUCGGCAAAGCAGGAGCAGAAACGGAAUAAACUGAUCGACCACAAACCGUUGGUGGUGAAGGCGGAGAAGAAAUCGGCACCGACCUUCAAUGCGGAGGGUAAAAUCGUCUUCUCCAAGUUCCAGCUGGAUGAACACGAUAAACCGAAAAAAGGUGUGGAAACUGACAAGAAGAAGCUGUUGAAAAAGGUUAUCGACAACAAGAAGCAUCUGAACGAGCUGAAGGAAUCGGGCGAUUUAGAAAAAUACGCCGAACUGAAGAAGAAACAAGCGUGGGACAGCGCCAUGGCGAAAACCGUCGGCCAGAAGGUACGAGACAAUGCAGAGCUGCUGGUGAAGAAAAUAAAGGAACGCAAGAAGCAGGUCAAGAAAUCGAAGGAACAGUGGAAAGAGCGCAAGGCCAAGGUCGAACAGCAGAAGGACAAUCGGCAGAAGAAGCGGAGCGAUAACAUCAAGGAGCGCGCGAAGCAGAAGAAGAACAAUAAGCUAAAAAAGAUGGCCAAAAAGGGUCGCAUCAUACCAGGGUUCUAGAAAUACACGUCUCGUCACACUGUAUGGU